AUGCCCGUACUCAAGCCCAAUGCUGAAUUCGGGCACUGCGUACCACCGGAGACGCAGUAUGGUAUAACCACCUACGCGCCAGGAUGGGAAAAUGCAAUCAAGUUUCGAGAGGGAGACCGAGCCACUAUGGCUCGCGUUGUUCACAUAUACCCGAGAUUUGGGCCAUUCGGGCCCGUCUCCAAGGCGCUCAUGGCCAUCUGCGCAAAGAUCAAAACCCCUGAAGGCCACGGAGCACUCUUCUUCACCUCACCGGCCUCCUUCGCCACCGUGCGCGCCCACGCUCUUCACCCUCACCGAAAGCAGCACGUCCUGACUGACGAGGACCUGAGCUACCGAUGCGUAGAUGUCGGCGAUGUGCGUCUUUACCUAGUCACUUAUCCGAUGCCCAAGACCCCUGGCGUCAUUGGCGCCUGGCAGAACCCGGGCAUAGGCGUCUCGAUCCGUCUGGCGGAGAAGCUCCUGGAGGACAUUGAGUCCUUGAAAGAGGUUAACUUCGAAGGCGCGGGAGAUUCGCCGCCGACAAAGUAUCUACCCGAGGGCGAGGCGCACGGUAAGCUGAGGGAACGCAUCACUGGACUCAUUCACCGAGCCGCGAUCGAUCCGGACCAGGUGAAAGCUGAGGCCAGAGACGUGUUUUUGUACCCCACGGGUAUGGCCGCCAUCUUCGCCGCCCAUAGGACUCUGCUUGAGUAUCGCCCUGGCAGCGUCGUGAUUCUCGGGAUUGCCUUCCACAGUACCGUUCACUAUCUCCAAGACUCCUCGCCGCAGGGCUAUAAGCACUUUGGCCCUGUCGACAAGAAGGGCGUCGACGAGUUUGAGUCUUGGCUUGACGCAGAAGCGGCCUCUGGCAGGGACGUGAGCUAUGUCAUCGCCGAGUUUCCCAAUAACCCUCUACUAGCCAGCACUGAUAUCAAUCGUAUCAGAAAGCUUUCCCAAAAGCACAACUUCGUCCUCGUGCUCGACGAUACAGUCGGUUCCUUCAGCAACAUCGACAUCCUGCCCCACUCUGACAUUCUCAUCUCCUCGCUCACCAAAUCCUUCUCGGGCUACGCAAAUGUCAUGGGCGGCAGCAUCGUCCUCAACCCGCUCUCAUCACACUACUCCGCCCUCCACCCCCUCUGGUCCAAAACUCAUCACAACGAGCUCUUCAUCGGCGACGCCGAGGUCCUCCUCUCCAAUUCGGAAGACUACCUCCCGCGCACCACGAUCCUGAACCGCAACGCUGCCGCCAUGGCCGCUCAUCUCCACGCCGAAGCCUCCAAGAACCCUGGAUCAGGAGUCGUGAAAGUCCUCUAUCCCUCCGUCCUUCCCGACUACGAAACCUAUAAGUCUUUCCUCCGUAAACCGACACCAGAACUCCCUGAACCAGGCGCGGGCUGUCUACUGAGCGUCGACUUUGACUCCGUCGAGGCCGCCCGCGCCUUUUACGACCGCCUGGCGUUUUACCCCGGUCCCCAUCUCGGCGCGCACCGUACGCUUUGCCUAGCGUAUAACACGCUCGCGUUCGGAAAGGACCCCGAAGAGGCGGCGUUCCAUCGGUCGUACGGGAUUUUAGAGGAGACGGUGCGUAUCUCUGCUGGGUUGGAGGAUGUUCAGGACCUUCUUGAUACACUAGAUGAUGCGUUGGCUGUUGCGAGGGAGGUUAAGGCAAAGUUGGCUGAAGGACCUACGACCGUGGAGGCUGCUGCUGGUCUUGGUGUUUCUGCCUAG